AUGAAGCAGGCGACCGAGGCGUCUGUCUGGUCGUUAGGCUCAAAAUUGAUAUUGAAAGAUCGAGGUGCUAGCCUGCCGACCUUCGAGGUACCAAAUAUUCAAUUUGUGCAGGAACAGACAUCUAUUCCUGUGCCCGCUAUUGUCGAGUCUUGGGAGGAAGACAUACACACCCUCAUAUUAAUGCGACGCAUCCCCGGCGAACCCCUCAGUGAAGCUUGGCCGAAGCUCUCCGCAGAUGAAAAAGAUAGGAUAGCAAAGCAGACCGCUGAGUAUCUACAACAACUUCGCGCGCUCCAGUCUGAUAAAAUUCAAUCUCUUGGCGGCCAUCCGUUUUUUUCAAACCUCCUAUUCAAAGAUAAAGAUUCCGAGACUCCUCACGGUCCUCUAGCAUCCGAUGAUGAUCUCUGGAAUGACAUGGAACACGGAUUGCAAGAGACAAUCCCCGAGGCUACACGAAUACGGCUUCGACAUUGUAUGCCUUCCGCUACGCCUUACACCUUUACGCACGGAGACCUCACUAAUGUGAACAUUAUUGUUGAGAAUGGCUCCCUUGCCGGCAUAAUUGAUUGGGAGAUGUCUGGAUACUUCCUAGUGUGGUGGGAAUAUGUGUGCACCUCGGUUGCUUAA